AUGGAUACCUCCUCAGUUCCUCACCUUGACUACAGUCUGCAGUACCAGUGGUUCUCCGACUCGGACCUCUCCAGCAUCUCCUCCCCAGAGACACUUUCUCCUGUCCACUCCAUGGACUCCAGCCUCUCUCCUGGCUACCAGCAGCUCCCACAGUGUACUCCCAAGGGAGCCAAAACCGGUUAUUCCCAAAGCCUCAAGUCCUCACCGUGCUCCUUGUCCGGACGUGGGCGCAGGACUGGGAGGCCCACUCGGAUCCGGAGCAAGCAGAGGGAGAGCGCCAGCGAAAAGGAGAAAUUAAGGAUGAGGGAUCUGACUAAGGCUCUACAUCACCUCAGGUCCUACCUCCCACCUUCAGUGGCACCUGCCGGACAAAAUCUGACGAAGAUAGAAACCCUCCGACUCACCAUCCGCUACAUCUCCUACCUGUCAUCCCAGCUGGGCCUCAGCGAAGAGGUGCUGUUUCAGAGGAGGGAACGAGCAGACACCUCAGUCAGUGACACGUCAUCCACUGACAUCCUCAGCUACUUCCAGAGUGCUUCCACAGGAGGACAAGUGACUCAGAUGCAGAGCCAGAAUCUGAUCCAGAGCAGCCUGUACCCAAAACCAUGUCAUAGCCAGAAUACUGUGCUGCAUUCUGGGAAUUGUAGUAUUGGAGUGGAUCAGCACCACAGACCAUACAAUGAAGCUCCCCAGAGAGAUAUGAGCAUGGACGGUAUCCUACAGUCGCCUCCAGUGCCACAGCCUUCCUGUCAGAUGUGUGGCAAAGACUUCUGCACCCCGCUGGUUCCAAGGGAGUAUUGGGGUUGA